AUGAAUCUAAAAACCUUACACAAUGCUGUGUGGACAGCUGAAGAACGAAGUGGGGAGGAGCCCAGGUUCGUGCCGGAUGUAUACAGCUCAGCAGAAAAUUCAACAAAAGAGGCGCCGUGCCUGCCACAAGCUUCGACAGGGACCUCCUUCCGGAAUUUCGGCGGACGUGGUGACACAACUGCGAGUGCACUUGAGAGCAACUUAAUGAAGUGGUUUCCUCCUGAUAUUGGACGAAGUUCACGACUGUGGACUACCGGUCAGACAGAGGACAACGGACGAGCUACGGCUACAACUACGCAGGCAGCCGAGCCAGCGUUGUGCGGUUCUGCUGGGGAGUGGAAGCAGGGGGCGAACGAGGGCCUAAUUGCUUCGUCGUUGGCGCCGUUAUGGACCCCGCAAGAUGUUCGGCCGCCGUCAACUCCUGGUGGCGAGAUGAGUCAAUUUGAAGCCAUGCUAUUACAUUCUGGGUCUGCCUUCGAGAGGACGCAGACCGGCAGUACAGCAGUUGCCAGAGGUGCUUCAAACUCAGAUUUACAAACCCUCGUUGAACUCCAAGUCCCAACUGUGGAAGUAGCUAAUGCUGCUUCGGUUGUGCCGGGUUCUGCUGCUGCGUAUUCAAGGUUUGUGGGCAUGGAUGUGGUGAACCCACCAGAGGGGGCGAAUUGUCAGACCUUACCAGACGCAGAGGAGACAGCCGGUUUGCGGAGUAGAAAGAUACGUGCAAUUGAGAAAAUGCUAUCUCUUGCUGCUGAGGAAUUUGAGAGGCGUGCGCAAGGGGUUCAGGGACAGGUGCAACGGGCCUCCUGCGUGCCAGUUAUUGCUCAGGAGCAACCCCAGCGGGCGGGAACUCCAAAGCGAGCCGUUCCACUGCCGCUUGUGUGCUCUUCUGGCGUGAAGCUUGAGCCGGGAGAUCCCCCGUCUAUGCAGAGGUUGAUGAUGUCCCGCCGUGUGUCCAGUUCCGUCAAACGUGACAACAAAGUUUCCACCGUUCAGGGGCAGCCUACCGGUAUGUCUAUGCCGCGGUCACCCAGUGCAAAAGCGCAGCGACGGAGUUUACUCCAAUCCGACGGGAAUUCAACUGUGUCAGCUUUCGGGGGGAUGAUCACUACCAUUCAUUCUAGUGGAACUGGGAAAUAUAGUGCCCCACCAGAUCAUGCAGCUUCUUCUGGGGGCAACUGGUCGAUCAACUUGCAGCCGGAGCCAUCACAGGCUGGUGACUCAAAAAAUGAAAAAGUUCCCACAACGAAAGGGUGUGAUGUCGAACAAGGAGGAAUUGCAAAUGAUCCGUAUUCAGAAAGCCAGCAGAAUGGGCUGCAGCCGUCAGUUGGCGUUCACGCGGCACCAAUGCGCAAGAGCCCGUUGUCAUCAGUUAUCUCUGUGUCCGAAACCCCUAGCAACGAUGCAGGAGCCGGCAGUGCAGUGGUCCCUGCAGCUCAUCCAUUUGUGCAUCUUCCAGUUGUUCCUCCCGAAGCAAUAAAACGUACUUUCAACUACAGAGCUGCGUUACUUUGCAGCAUUCAUGAGAGGACAGUGGUGCCAACACUGAGGACUAUGCGAGCGCUCUUCGCCAAGGAAGUCUUGAACUGGAUUGAGGUAAACAAACUAAUUUCGGCAUGUGAAAGAUUAGUCAACUAUGCAUUUUUCAUCCUACAGUCGCCUGAUUCUGAAAUGCCGUGGCGCGCGAUUAGAAGGCUUGGACUAGCAUUUCUUGCCUUUGACGCCAUGGUGUGCACAAUAGAACUUCUAGGGGAAAACAUGUUAACAGGCGCGUGGUGGCAAAAAUUCGUCAACGUACGUCGCGCUAACCUUGUGGUGGUCGAAAAGACAUGCACAAAAGGCGAUGUUUACUUCAACGGAAUGCGUUUGUGUAGUUACAUUUGCAAUUUCAAG